AAUUCUUGUUCGAUAUUUUUGAAAUUUUUUAAUGCAAAUUAUAAGGAUAACGCGUAAUGAAUUCGUCAAAAGAAAGUGAAGAAAGGAAACCAAAUCCUAUUUUAAAAUCAAAUUUUUUAUCUAAAUGGUUUUUUUGGUGGACACGUGAAAUAUUUAGUAAGGGUUAUCGUGAAAAACUUGAUGAAAGCGAUUUGUAUUCACAUUUGCCAGAUUUGGACGGAAAAAUAUUAUCGAGCGAGUUGACUAAAUAUUGGGAAAGAGAAGUGCGUCGAAAGAACCCGAAUUUACUUCGUGUUAUCUUUCGUGCUUAUGGUUGGAGAUUCGUGCCUAUCUGCAUACUAUAUUCCAUUUUUGCCAUAUCGAUUCACGCACUACAACCGAUAUUUUUAGGCUUGUUUGUAUCAUAUUUCUCAGAAGGUCAAACUGAUAUCUCAAAGCAAAAUGCAUACCUCUACGCCACAGGCAUAGUCUUAUGUUCGUUGAUUAACACAUUAUGUUUUCAUCCGUUUAUGUUUUAUCUUUUCGAAAUUGGUACACGGGUACGUCUCGCUUGCUCUGGCUUAGUUUAUCGGAAAUGUUUACGCUCAUCCAUAACGGCAGACAACAGCGGCAUGAGUGCCUUUGCCAUUUCAGUGCUUUCAUCUGAUUUAGCGCAAUUCAAUCUAACUUUCUACUUCUUUCAUGAUCUUUGGCGUGGUCCACUAGAAGGAUGCGUUUUUGGUUAUAUAAUGUAUCGUGAAAUUGGUUGGCCAGCAUUAGUCGGCAUUGGUUCCAUCAUAGUUUUCAUACCACUACAAGCUUGGGCUGCUAAAGCUGCUGCACACUUCCGACUAAAAUACUCCGACUUUGGCGAUGAUCGUGUCAAACUAAUGAAUGAGAUUAUAUCAGCUAUACAACUGAUAAAAAUGUAUGCUUGGGAGAAGUCCUUUGCCAAGAUAAUAGCUACUUUGCGAAAACGUGAAGUGAAAGCCAUAAGAGAUAAUAUGAACGUAUAUGCAGCUUUGCAAUGCACAGAUAUGAUUUCAAAAUUUGCUCUCUUCCUAAGUCUGGUCACGUAUGUUUACACUGGUGAGUUAGUCACAGCAAGAAAAGUGUUUAUAGUCUCUUCAUACUAUAAUGCGCUAAAUGAUUCUCUGUUGCAUUUCUGGCCGCUAUCGAUUACUACUUGGGCUGAAACGCUUGUUUGUGGAAAACGUGUUGUUACUUUUUUAACACUAUCGGAAGACCCCGCUGAUGGUGGCAUUGAGAAUUUUGGCGCAGAUAAUGAAGAGGAAAAGCGUAGUUUCAGUGGCAGAAUGCACAAUCCACAUGCUAUUAAAAAGAAUCUAACUUUACACAAUCUAUCUGCUACUUGGGAUAAACAGGAAAUAGAGAAACCACAACGUCAUAUAAACAAUAUCAGUUUUCAAAUCAUUGAUAAUCAGUUCAUAGGCAUUGCAGGCGAUGUAGGUGCAGGAAAAUCCACAUUGCUUAAUGCUAUACUAGGAGAGCUAGAAAUAAGUGAAGGAAACGUAGAAGUCAACGGUGCGAUUAGUUACGCUCCGCAAAAUCCAUGGAUAUUUGAGGCUAGCAUACGUGAUAAUAUAAUUUUUGUGGAAAAGUUUAAUGAGAAACGUUAUAAGGCGGUACUGCGUGUUUGUGAGCUUGAAAGGGACAUACAAUUACAGCCGUAUGGAGACUCCACUAUAGUUGGUGAACGAGGAAGCAGUUUAAGUGGAGGCCAAAAGGCACGCAUUAGUUUAGCGAGAGCUGUUUAUAGACAAGCAGAUAUAUACCUUUUCGAUGAUCCACUUUCUGCAGUCGAUACACAUGUCUGUAAACGUUUGAUGCACAAAUGCUUUUUGGAGUUUUUACAUGAUAAAAUGCGUAUUUUAGUAACGCAUAGAGUACAGCACCUAAGAAAUGCGGAUCAGUUGAUUUUUAUGAAAGCUGGUAGAAUUGAAAUGGAGGGCACCUAUAAUGAUCUCAAAAAUACUGCAGCAUUCCGUAUGCAUUUAGGUGUCGAGUCGGAGGACGUGAAUAUAAAAGUUCAUCAUGCUGACAGCAUUGUGGAACCAGAAGUAAUCACAAAACCAGAACCAGAGAAAAAAUUAGAAAAGGAUAGCGGAGUGGAACGAAAGGAGCAACAAAUGCAAGGUUCAGUCAAGCUUAGUACUUAUAUAAUGUACUUCCAAGUACUGGGUAUGCCAUGGGUGAUAUUCAUUAUAUUUUCUCUAUUUAUAUUGGCACGUGCGAGUCAAGCUGCCAUGGACAUAUUUAUUGAAAGAUGGGCUACUUGGGAAGAGUCCAGACCAUACAAAGGAGAUUAUCCCGACGAAGAAUAUGCAUCUAAAAGAGAACAAAUAUUGCUCAUAUAUACCAUAUUUAUUAUAUGUACCUUGGUCUUGUAUAUUAUGCGCACAUUUGGUUUCUUUUUGAUGUGUCUAAAGAUUUCGUUGCGAUUGCAUGAUAGCUUGUUUCAAGGCAUUAUACGUGCUCCUAUGUAUUUCUUUAACACAAAUGCAUCAGGACGCAUAUUGAAUAGAUUCUCCAGCGAUAUAACUAAUGUUGAUGUUGCAUUAUCGCAAGCAAUGUUAGAUUCUAUUGGCUUCUUCGUGGAUGCUAUCGCGGUUCUGGUAGUUGUUGCUUUCGCAAAUUACUGGCUUUUACUUCCUGCAUUCGUUUGUAUUGGUCUAUUGUAUUUGUGCCGUAGUUUCUAUAUAGGAGCAAGUCGUUGUUUGAAACGUGUUGAAAUUAUGACUCGCAGUCCUAUAUAUUCUCAUACGAAUCAAACGUGUCAGGGUCUAACAACAAUUCGUGCCUUGAAUGCCAGCAAACAUUUGGAUGAUGAGUUCCACAGUUACCAAAAUCACAACACUUCAGCACUAUAUCUUUUCGUAACUACAAAUCGUGCCUUCGCUUUUUACACUGAUCUUAUUUGCAGUAUUUAUAUUUUACUUGUGACGUUCAGUUUUUUGAUCAUCAAUCGCGAUUUUUACAGCGGUGACGUCGGUUUGGCUAUAUCAUCUUCAAUGACUUUGGUAAUUAUGUGCCAAUGGGGUAUGCGACAAAUGGCAGAAACUGAAAAUAAUAUGACAAGUGUGGAACGUGUUAUGGAAUAUGCACAAAUACCUUCCGAACCACCAUUACAAACCGAUGAAAGUAUUAAACUACCAGAGAAUUGGCCAGAAAAUGGUUGUGUACGCUUCAAUGAAGUGUGUUUACGUUACUCCACCAAUGGGAAUUACAUAUUGAAAAAUUUAACUUUCUCCGUAAAUUCAAUGGAGAAAAUUGGCAUUGUUGGGCGCACUGGCGCGGGCAAGUCAUCAAUUGUUCAAGCCAUGUUUCGUUUGGCACAAAAUGAGGGUCUGAUUGAAAUUGAUGGCUUCGAUAUUAAUAACUUGGGUUUACAUGACUUACGUAGUCGCAUAUCUAUUAUACCACAGGAUCCGAUAUUAUUUUACGGCACUUUGCGUUACAAUUUGGAUCCAUUCGAAGAGAAAACUGAUGAGGAGUUAUGGGGUGUUUUGGCUGAGGUUAAACUAAAGGAAUAUAUAAUGACACUUAAAGGAGGUAUUAGUUGUCGUAUGCAUGAUGGUGGUUCCAACUUUAGCAUGGGCCAACGCCAAUUGGUGUGUUUAGCACGUGCUAUAUUACGGCACAGUCGUAUACUUAUCUUGGAUGAAGCCACAGCUAACGUCGAUGCUGAGACUGAUAAACUCAUUCAGACAGCCAUACAAACAAAGUUCAAGAACUGUACCGUCUUGACGAUAGCACAUCGUCUACACACUGUUAUGGAUAACGAUCGCGUUCUAGUGAUGGAUGCUGGGCAAGCAGUUGAAAUGGGUCAUCCCUAUGAAUUACUACAAAACGAAAAUGGCUAUUUGCGGAAGUUAGUUGAUAAGACAGGAGAGGGUACUGCGAGGAAUUUAAAAAUAAUGGCUGAAGAUAGCUAUAAGAAACGAGUAACACACAUGAAAGCAGAAUAGUUAAAAGUUUAGUGGUUAAGUUGGGAAUUAUUUUGCUAAGCGCUAUGGUUGUGAUUUUUUUCUUUUUAU